AUGCCAUCAAAUCCAGUUGAUCAAUAUAUAAAAUUAUUAUCACGUGAACAACAAGAAAAUGAUAAAUAUGUUAUUAUUGAUGCUAAAUGGUUUGAACAUUGGAAACGUUUUAUUGGUAUUGAUUCACCACCAGAAAAAAAUUCUCCACCAGGUCCAAUUGAUUUUUCUAGUCUAAUCGAUCAAUCAACAAUUGAUCAUCCUGAUGGUGUACAAUUACGUUCAGAUGCUGUUGAAGGCAAUGAUUAUACAUUUAUUCCUUAUGAACUUUAUCAAGAUCUUUCUCAAACAUAUAAAAAAAUCGGUCAUGAAAUUAUUCGUAAAGUUAUACCAUCAGGUGAUUUUCAAACAAUUAUUGAAACAUAUUUAAUACCAUUACGUAUACGUAAAACACGACAAAAUACAUCAACAACAAAACAACUUUAUCGUAGUCGUCGAACAAAAUUAGAUGAUUUAAAAACAGAUAUAUGUAAAAUAUUUUCUAUACCAUCAGAUUCUUAUACAAAUCAUCGUUUAUAUACAUCAACAGAUGAAUAUGGUGAUAAUUGGGAACCUAUUGAUGUUCGUCCAGGUAGUAUACUUGCUGAUAUUGAAUUAUCUAAAAAUGCUUUAAUAACAUAUGAACCAAUAACAUUAUCACGAAAUAAUUUAUCACCUGUACCAAGUGGAACAUUUUAUACACCAGGUUUAUGUGGUUUAUCAAAUUUAGGUAAUACAUGUUUUAUGAAUUCAGCAUUACAAUGUAUAUCAAAUGUACCAUCAUUAACAGAAUAUUUUCUUCGACGAGAAUAUUUACAACAUAUUAAUCGUGAUAAUCCAUUAGGUAUGAAAGGAGAUGUUGCACAAGCAUAUGGUGAUUUAAUAGCAAAUAUGUGGUCAGGUAAAAUAAAUUAUUAUGCACCAAAAGCAUUAAAACAAAAUGUUGCACGUUAUGCACCACAAUUUAGUGGUUAUUCUCAACAAGAUUCACAAGAAUUUAUGUCAUUUUUACUUGAUGGUUUACAUGAAGAUUUAAAUUUAAUUAAACAAAAACCAUAUAUGGAAAAAAAAGAUGAUGAUGGUAUUGUUGAAGAUGUUAAAUUAGCUUCUGAACAAUGGGAUUAUUAUCGUAAACGUAAUCAAUCUAAAAUACAUGAUAUAUUUCAUGGACAAAUAAAAUCUGUUGUACAAUGUCUUGAUUGUAAAACAUCAGGACGUACAUUUGAUCCAAUUUGUUUUUUAAGUUUACCAUUACCAAAUAAAAAAAAAAUUCGUAUUUUUAAAAUAGAAUAUGUACGUUUAAAUGGACAAAUAAAAUAUUAUUAUAUUAAAUCAAAUGAACGUGGUCGUAUGCAUAAUUUAUUAAAAGAUUUUUGUGAACGUUUUCAACCAAAACAAAAACAUAAUACACAUGAACCAAUGGAUGCUGAUGAUGAAACAACAUUAAGUGCAAUAAAUUCAAAUAAUCAAGAUGAUGAACAAGAAGAUGAUUUAACAUUAGCAUCUGAUUAUGAUGGACAUCAACCUAAAUCAGAAUUAAUUUUACCUGUUGAAGUUUAUAAUCAUCGUAUACAUUUACAAUAUAGUGAUGAUGCAUUAUUAACAAAUAUACUUGAACGUGAUCAAAUUGUUUUUUAUGAAGUACCUGUUUCAUUAAAAAAAGAAAAUAAUGAAACUAUUUUAAUGCCAUGUCUAUUUCGUACAGCCGAUAGUUUACAUCAAAAUUUUGGUUUACCUAUUUAUCUUAAUAUUCCAAGACAUAAAUGUACAGGAAGACAUAUUCAAGAUGCUUUACAAAAUUCAAUUGGUAAUUUUCUCCCAUUACUACCAUCUCAUUCAAAUCAAUCAUCGGAUAAAUCUCAUUAUACAGCAUCAUGUGUAUUUAAUCAAAAUUAUACUCAAACAACAAAACCAUUAGCAUCAUGUCUUGAUGAUCAUAUUGAUUUUAAUCGUACAAAUACAACACUUGUUGUUGAUGUUGCAUCAUCAAUUGUUGAAAAAUAUGAACAAGAAGAAAAAAAACGUUUAGAUAAAGAACAUCUACAACCAACAUCAUCAUCAACAAAUAAUAGUGGUGUACAAACACGUAGUCAACAUAAACAAUCAACAACAUCAUUAUUAGAUUGUUUUAAAUAUUUUACAACUAAAGAAACAUUAUCGGAUAAUGAUCAAUGGUAUUGUCCAAAAUGUAAACAAUUAAAAAAUGCAUCGAAAAAAAUUGAUUUAUGGUUAUUACCUAAAGUUUUAAUUGUACAAUUAAAACGUUUUAAUUAUACACGACAUUAUCGUGAUAAAAUUGAUUUAUUUAUUGAUUGUCCUAUAUAUGAUUUAGAUCUAUCACAAUUUGUUCUUAAUCCAGCUGAAAAAUCUAAUGCAAAAUAUGAUCUUAUUGCUGUAAGUAAUCAUAUGGGUGGUUUAGGUGGUGGACAUUAUACAGCACAUGCAAAAAAUAUACAUGAUCAAAAAUGGCAUACAUUUGAUGAUUCAUGUGUAACCGAUAUAGAUGAAAGUAAUGUUAUUAGUAAGUCAGCAUAUGUACUUAUUUAUCAACAACAAUCUCAAUCAGUGCAGCAGCAGCAGCAGCAACAACAACAACAACAGCAACAACCACAAGCAAAAGAUUCACCACGAAAAAUCAGUGCACGAGCGACUAAAGCAUCUAGUUAA